AAAAGAAAAAGCAGGAAGAAAAGAAAAAGAAGGAAGGUGCUCAGAAAAAGGCUGCUGAUCAAAAAACCAAAGUGCCAGAACCUACUAAGACCUGUUCAAGCCAGCCCCAAGCUGCCGGCACCAGUACCAGUACUUCCACCAGCACUCUCUCCAACAGUGGCAAUGGCAAACGCGGAUCUGCCAGCAGCCAGCAGCAGCCAGCUGCAUCCCGCUACCUGCCACGCGAGGUGCCUCCACGCUUCCGCCAGCAAGAACACAAGCAGCUGCUAAAGAGAGGUCAGCCAUUGCCUACAGGGGCUCUGCCCAGUGUGAGCCCAGCCCAGGGUGCUGGGCCCGCAGGGGUAAGCCCCCCUCCCCUCCCUGGAGCCGGAGCACAGCAGCAUCCCAGUAAGCUCCAACCAGAUCUCAGUCACAGUGGAUUGGCGGAUCAUUAUGAAAGUCCCCACUGGGGACAGCAGCCCAGUUGCAGAAGUGAAGCCAGCUGCAGCUGGGAUAGAGCGAUAAUCGAGAGGCCCGACCAGGGGGCGUGGCCCGCCGUCCCAGGGACAGAGACUGAGCCUGCCUCAGAAUGUACCACAGACACUGACUCUGCGUCCAACUGUGGCUCGGACACCAGUAGCAUGGCUACAGGGAGUGCCCAGGGCAACUUCACGGGACACACCAAGAAGACAAAUGGCAAUAACGGCACCAACGGCGCACUCGUCCAAAGCCCUUCUAAUCAGAGUGCCCUUGGAGCAGGGGCAGCCAGCGGGAACGCAGGUGCAGCCAGAGUGUGGGGUGUAGCCACAGGCUCCAGCUCCGGCCUCGCUCACUGCGCUCUCGGCGGUGGGGAUGGAAAAAUGGACAGUAUGAUUGGAGAUGGGAGAAGUCAGAACUGCUGGGGGGUUUCCAACUCCAAUGCUGGCAUUAAUCUCAACCUUAAUCCUAAUGCCAACCCAGCUGCCUGGCCUGUACUGGGACAUGAAGGAACUGUGGCGACAGGAAACCCUUCCAGUAUUUGCAGUCCAGUCAGUGCCAUAGGUCAAAACGUGGGCAACCAGAAUGGGAACCCAGCAGGCACUCUAGGUGCUUGGGGAAACCUGCUGCCACAAGAGAGCACAGAACCACCAACGUCCACUUCUCAGCAUGCGUCUUUCAGUGUACAACCUCAGAACCUUAGCGCGGACGGACCAAAUAACACUAAGCCCGUGAGCACUCCCCCAAACCCUAUCAGUGCAAUGCAGACAGAUGGACUGCCAAACUGGGGCGUGGCUGGGGGUCUGGGGACCACCAUCCCGCCCCACCUGCAAGGCCUUCCUGGUGCUAGUGGGCCAUCAGCUGCUCAAGUCAGUGGGGCUGGUGGUGAAGGAAUCAACAGCCCUGUGUGGGGACUGUCCCCAGGUAACUCUGCCACAGGAAAUAGCAAUUCUGGGUUCAGUCAGGGGAGUGGAGACACUGUGAACUCAGCAUUAAGUGCUAAACAGAAUGGAUCCAGCAGUGCUGUGCUAAAGGAAGGAAAUGGAGGAAACGCCUGGGAUUCGGGACCUCCUUCCGGACCUGGAAUCCUCAGUUGGGGAAGGAGCAGUGCCACCACUGGCGUAGGUAACAUCCCCUCGGGAGCCUGGGGCCACCCCAGCCGAGGCACCUCCAAUGGUAUGAACGGGGAGUGGGGAAAGCCCUCAAACCAGCAUUCCGGGAGUGACAUCAGCACGAAAGGAUCAGCAGGGUGGGACAGUCCUCGUGUGAGCGGCCAGAAUCCUGCCGGGCAGUCGGGCAGCGAGCUCGUGAACUCUUGGGCCAAAGCCGCAUCUUCCGGAGCUCCGGCGAGCGAGGGAGGCAGCGACAGCUCUGGCAGCCACAGCGAAGGCAGCACGGGGAGGGACGGAGCGGACAGCCGCAGGCGAGACAAGGCGGCGGGAGACCCAGGGCACGUCCAGCUGCCAAGGAAUGACCUCGACCCAAGAGUUCUGUCCAAUACUGGUUGGGGACAGACUCCAGUAAAGCAGAACACUGCCUGGGAAUUUGAGGAAUCCCCCAGGCCUGAGAGAAAAAGCGACAAUGGGACAGAGGCCUGGGGAAGCGCCCACGCCCAGCCCGCAGACUCCGGGGGGAAGAGUGGUGGGGACAGCGCUGACGCCUUGCCGGCGUCUGGGUGGGUCAGCUCGCCGCCGGCCGCUGCGCCCCCCAGUGCAGGCUGGGGAGAUGGCAGCCACAAAGCACCGAAUGGCCCAGGGGUGUGGGGGGACUCCGUAAGCUCUCCUGCUGCUAGUAAUGCUGCUGCGGCCAAGAGCGGCCAUGCUUGGAGCGGGACCGCAAGUCAGGAGGACAAGUCACCCACCUGGGGUGAGCCUCAAAAACCCAAAUCUCAAAACUGGGGAGAUGGGCAAAAAUCUCAUCCAGCCUGGAGUGCAGGAGGAGGAGAUUGGGCCGAUUCAUCUUCUGUCCUUGGACACUUGGGGGAUGGGAAAAAGAAUGGCUCUGGAUGGGAUGCUGACAGCAGUCGAUCAGGGUCUGGCUGGAGUGACACCACAAGGUCGGGGACCAGUGGCUGGGGCAAUGGCACAAAUGCAAAGGUGAAUCCAGGGACAAACUGGGGAGAGUCUUUAAAACCUGGCCCCCCACAGAACUGGGCGAGCAAACCCCAAGACAACAAUGUGAGUAACUGGGGAGGAGCCACUUCCAGUAAACAGACAGGGGCAGGGUGGAUAGGGGGGCCUGUCCCUGUUAAACAGAAGGACAACAGUGAGGCCACGGGCUGGGAAGAACCUUCUCCACCAUCCAUUCGCCGCAAAAUGGAAAUCGAUGACGGUACCUCAGCUUGGGGUGACCCAAGUAACUACACCAACAGAACUGUAAACAUGUGGGAUAGAAACAACCCGGGCGUCCAGAGCAGCUCCACGGCCGCCACCUCCACCUCCACGAGCAGCAGCACAAGCGUGGCCGAGACGCCGCCCACGCACCAGGCCAGCGCCGCACCGAACCGAUCACCACUGCUUGGUCCAGUUUCCUCAGGCUGGGGAGAAAUGCCUAAUGUUCAUGCAAAGGCUGAAAGCUCCUGGGGGGAGCCAUCCUCCCCUUCUACCCUGGUAGAUAACGGCACAGCAGCGUGGGGCAAACCACCCAGCAGUGGCAGCGGGUGGGGGGACCAGCCCACCGAGCCAGCCGUGACGUUUGGAAGAGCUGGCGCUCCCGCUGCCACCCCAGCCCUGUGCAAGCCAGCUCCAAAAUCUAUGCAAGAAGGCUGGGGCAGCGGUGGGGAUGACGUGGGCCUCGGCACCAGUCAGUGGGAAGAUGAAGACGGGGGCGUGUGGAACAACGCUGCUUCCCAGGAAAGCACCUCUUCCUGCAGUUCCUGGGGGAACGCCCCCAAAAAAGGACUCCAAAAGGGCAUGAAGACAUCUGGCAAGCAGGAUGAGGCCUGGAUCAUGAGCCGGCUGAUCAAACAGCUCACAGACAUGGGCUUCCCGAGAGAGCCAGCUGAAGAGGCCUUGAAGAGUAAUAAUAUGAACCUUGAUCAGGCCAUGAGCGCUCUGCUGGAAAAGAAGGUGGACAUGGACAAGCGUGGACUGGGAGUGACUGACUACAAUGGAAUGGUCACCAAACCCCUUGGCUGCCGCCCACCAAUCUCCAAAGAGUCUUCCGCAGACCGCCCCACCUUUCUCGACAAGGACGGCGGCCUAGUGGAAGAGCCCGCGACUUCACCAUUUUUGCCUUCACCCAGCCUGAAGCUCCCCCUCUCAAACAGUGCACCCCCUAAUCAGGCCCUGGGUGGGAUUGCCUCAGGGCUGGGCAUGCAAAACUUGAAUUCUUCUAGACAGAUACCGAGUGGCAGUCUGGGUGUGUUCGGCAGUAGCGGAGCAGCACCAGCCAGGCCCAUGCAGCAGCCCCCGCAGCCACCCGUGCAGCCUCUGAGCUCCUCCCAGCCCAGUCUCCGUGCUCAAGUGCCUCAGUUUCUAUCCCCUCAGGUUCAAGCACAGCUUUUGCAGUUCGCAGCAAAAAACAUUGGUCUCAACCCUGCACUAUUAACCUCGCCAGUUAAUCCUCAGCAUAUGACGAUGGUGAACCAGCUCUAUCAGCUGCAGCUGGCGUACCAACGUUUACAAAUCCAGCAGCAGAUGUUACAGGCCCAGCGCAACGUUUCCGGACCCAUGAGACAACAGGAGCAGCAAGUCGCGCGCACAAUCACUAACCUGCAGCAGCAGAUCCAGCAGCACCAGCGCCAGCUGGCCCAGGCCCUGCUCGUGAAGCCGCCACCCCCGCCGCACCUGUCUCUGCACCCCUCUGCAGGCAAACCGGCCAUGGACAGCUUCCCCCCUCACCCCCAGGCCCCCGGCCUGCCCGACCUGCAGACCAAAGAGCAGCAGUCUUCUCCCAGCACCUUCGCUCCUUACGCUCUCGCUGGACUGAACCCAAACAUGAAUGUCAACAGCGUGGACAUGACUGGGGGUUUGCCGGUGAAAGACCCGUCUCAGUCCCAGUCCCGCCUCCCCCAGUGGACACACCCCAACCCGAUGGACAACCUACCCGGUGCUGCUUCUCCGCUCGAUCAGAACCCCAGCAAGCAUGGUGCUAUUCCUGGAGGUCUAAACAUUGGGCCUCCAGCUAAGUCCUCCAUUGAUGACUCCUAUGGCCGGUACGAUUUAAUCCAGAACAGUGAGUCACCAGCCAGCCCUCCUGUAGCUGUUCCCCAUAGCUGGUCACGUGCCAAAUCUGACAGCGAUAAACUCUCAAAUGGCUCCAGCAUCAACUGGCCCCCAGAAUUCCAUCCUGGAGUUCCAUGGAAAGGACUUCAGAAUAUAGAUCCCGAGAAUGACCCCGAUGUCACUCCCGGAAGUGUCCCCACCGGGCCCACCAUUAAUACCACCAUCCAGGAUGUCAACCGCUACCUCCUCAAGAGUGGAGGGUCCUCCCCACCAUCAUCUCAGAAUGCCACGCUGCCUUCCUCGGGUGCCUGGCCGCUCAGUGCCUCCAGCUACAGUCGCUCUUUCAGCAGCAUUGCACCCGCACCUAGUAUUGCAGGUAAACUGUCAGACAUUAAAUCGACGUGGUCCUCUGGCCCCGCCUCCCACACCCAAGCCUCUCUGUCUCACGAACUGUGGAAGGUGCCCAGAAACACUACUGCGCCCACACGGCCGCCUCCAGGGUUAGCCAAUCCCAAGCCUUCCUCCACCUGGGGAGCCAGCCCGCUCGGCUGGACCAGCUCCUACUCCUCGGGUUCUGCCUGGAGCACUGACACCUCAGGAAGAACAAGCAGCUGGCUCGUUCUCCGCAACCUCACGCCCCAGAUCGAUGGCUCCACCCUGCGGACACUGUGCUUGCAGCACGGGCCCCUCAUCACAUUCCACCUGAACCUGACGCAAGGCAAUGCCGUGGUCCGGUACAGCUCCAAGGAGGAAGCCGCCAAGGCGCAGAAGUCCCUGCACAUGUGUGUUCUGGGAAACACUACCAUCUUGGCCGAGUUUGCCGGUGAAGAGGAAGUGAGCCGUUUCUUGGCCCAAGGCCAGGCGCUGCCCCCCACCUCCAGCUGGCAGUCCAGCACUGGGGCCAGCCAGGCACGGCUGGGUGCCUCCGGCAGUUCCCAUGGCCUCGUGCGGAGCGACACCGGCCACUGGAAUGCCCCGUGCCUGGCAGGCAAAGGGAGCAGCGACCUGCUGUGGGGUGGGGUCCCCCAGUACUCGAGCAGCCUGUGGGGCCCACCCAGCAGCGAUGACGGCAGGGUGAUCGGGAGCCCCACCCCGCUGAACACUCUGCUUCCCGGUGACCUUCUCAGUGGGGAGUCCAUCUAGGACCUCGAGGACCCCAUGGGCGCCACAGUCAUCAGCACCAGGAAGAGAGAGCUGACCCUUUCCCGUCCGGGCAGCCGCUGAGGACCCCGCCGGACCCGAGCAGCCUGGCAGCCCUUUCGAGUACCUCUGUCCAGUACUGAAGACGAACCUUCGCGGCAGCCCUUGUGAACUGUUCACGAGACAGUGCGGGCUGCACUCGGUCAGUGUCACAUGCUAAUGACAGGAUGUUUCUCAUAGCUUUUUAUUUUGUGUUGUCUUAUGUUCGUAUGGUGUGUUGUUCUGAUUUUUUAAGUAUAAAAGCUGCUUAGAAUAGUUCUAUCAUGAAGGGCACUUUUCAGAUUGUGGGCUGGAAAGGGUUAUUUUAUCAAGGGGGAGGGAGGGAGGGAGACGAGAAAGCCUAUUUAAAACGAGCCUGUGACGAUUAUGCACAUCACCAGAGGCGGACCCCGUAAUCAGGGGGCGCUGGUGUUCAUCACUGGGCGCAGAGCACAGGCCCCGCGUGGCGGUCCUGGCGGCCCAGACCAGUGACUGAGUGGAAGGAACGGUCUGCAAUCUGUUCUCUGUUCCCACGGAUCCGCCUAUGCACAUUACCCUUAUUUCAUUACUUUUUCAUGUCAUUUUUUUUAUCCCAAAAAAAUAUUUUUUAAAAGUUAAAAAAAAAAAAAAAAAGACAUAUCAAACACGCAAAUACUUGAAUCCAGCAGGCCAAUAAUGAAAUGUGAACACUUUCUAAGUCUAAUUCUACACUUCCAGGUUGACAUCAGUACGCAGAAACAGGCUCUAGGAAAAAUUUCUAAGUUCACAGCCUAUGUAUGUGUGUGUUGAAACAGCGUGUGUGUGUGUGUCUGUGUGUAUGUGUGUGUGUGCACUUUCUGUGUUCACGUGUUCAGUGUGUGAGAGAUUUAACUGUGGGUUUUCCCUUUUAUUCAGUAUAUGCUUUUUUUGGCGCAUUGGUCAAGCAUUUGUCAUAUUAUUAGCUUCUAACUUUGCACUGAGUGUCCUCACCCUGCCUUUAGCUGAUCCUAUACGUUAAAGAGAAUUCAUAGGACAGGGCUGGCGACAAUUCAUGUGUAAAUGUUUACUCAAGGACUCUGUUAUUGCGUUUAAGAAUUACAGUGUAUAUCUCUGGAGAAAUAAUAUGUAUACCUACCUUUAGCAGCUUUUUAUUGUGGACUAAUGCAAGAAAAUUAUUACCAGAGUAUUGCACCAUUUUUCCAUUUGGAAUAUAAAGUUAAAGAGAAAAAACUGUUGUUGAACUGUGGCCAUAGAUACUUGUAGGGAAUGGAUGGUUCCGCGGAGGAACGGAAACAAGCACUUGGACGUGGGUUGUGACUGCUUUUGGGGGAGCCCGUGGUUGGGGCUCCCACCUGUUUACAGACCUUUUUUUCUCCUUCAGACUUUAAAAUAAAAAAAUUUUUAAAAGGAAUUAAAAAAAAAAAGAAAAAAUAGACUUCCAUCGUAAAGAAACCUAUUUUCAGAAUGCAGAUACGCUACUUCAGAGCUCUGGGAUCGAACAGUGUUGUUGUUUUCCCCCGGCCAUCGCCGUGGACUCUGCCGACUGUCCCCCUCCGUCGGGGUGGCGAGGCGUUGUGGUCACUGUCUUGCACAUGUGGGCGCGCUCAGGAAAGCCAGGGUUCCCGAGGGGCGGCUCCACACCAGUUCAUGUAUUUUGUAACCCAACUCCUAGCACUGAAGAUGUUAUUAAAAAAUAAAAAAUAAAAUAAAAUAGAUAAAAAAAAGAAAAAAGAGG